AUGAUGCCUGAAAACUACAACUACGAAUCCUCCUGUUCAAGUCUCUCUAACCCGGCUUACUCUGAGCUCUGCUCUCCUUCCACUGUGUCCUCAUUCACUAUAGAGCCCUGUGCCAUUGAUGGCACUUGUGGACCUGUUUGUGGCCCGGUUGAAGAAACAAACACAGAACAGGGUCAUUAUGUAGCUGCAGAGAAAGACAUGGAGAUCAUGAAGUUGAUUGUUAAUGGUAAUCAGAACAAUGAGGCUGUGAAGGUGAUCUUAGACUAUGAGAAGGUGGAGAAGCUCCAAAUGGAGAACCUCAGGCUCCACAGUGUGGAUUCAGGCAUGUGCAGUUGUGAAGAAGUCAGUCAGGAGAGCAUGGAGGUAGAUAGCAUCAACAUGACUGAUGGACACGAUGAGGGAACUCAGAACGAGGCAGAGAAGCAGCGAGGGGAUGGGAUGAAAGUAGAUGUUCAAAAGCUGUUUGGGAGCAGUGGAAACAUUUUGGGCCAAAACUCCAUUCAGGUUUGUUUUGAUUACACAAAAGUCCCAAAGCUGCAAGCUGAAAGUCCUGAGCAUCCGAGCAUGGAUUUAUGUGUUAGCAGCUCAGAGUCUCCUCCUCUUCCCAGACUGUGUGGUACCAGGGGUCUGCAGCCCUACUGCGAGCGCCUCUUCCUGCUCUCAAAUACGACCACUGUAGUCAUGACGUCCGAGGUGUCCCUCACAGGGCCGGGCCUUCAGCUGCACUACAGCAUCUUCAACCUGUCAGAUCCUUGCCCAGGUCAGUUUCUGUGCACUGUGAGCGGCCUCUGUGUUCCUCUGUGUGAUGGCAUCAAGGACUGUUCCAACGGACUGGAUGAGAGGAACUGUGUCUGUGUGGCACAGUACACAUGCCCAGAAGACAGCCAGUGUGUGGACUACUACAAAGUGUGUGACCAACACCCAGACUGUCCCGAGGCCACAGAUGAGAUGAACUGCACUGAUGGUGUGGCGUGCACGGAUCUGACCUAUGUGUGCGCUGAUGGAACAUGUCUAAAGAAACCAAAUCCUGAGUGUGACUCUGUCACCGACUGCCCAGACGCCUCAGAUGAGAAGCAAUGUGACUGUGGCCUGAGACAGUUCUCCAGUCGCAUCGUUGGGGGAACCGAUGCCUCGGAGGGAGAAUGGCCGUGGCAGGCCAGUCUGCAGGUGCGGGGCAACCACAUUUGUGGGGGUGCCCUGAUCUCCAGCCAGUGGGUGGUGUCUGCUGCACACUGUUUUUAUGAUGACCAGCUCUAUUCCCCCUCAGUGUGGACAGUGUAUCUUGGUAAACUGCUGCUCAACCGGAACAGCCCGACCGAAGAGGUGGCACGAGUUCAACAAAUCCACCUUCACCAGUACUAUGACGAUGAAUCUCACGACUACGACCUGGCCCUGUUGAAGCUGGACCGCCCAGCGUACACACCACUGACGGGACAUGCUCGGCCCGCCUGCCUGCCACCGCCCACCCACCAGCUGGAGCCGGGUCUGCUCUGCUGGGUCACUGGUUGGGGUGCACUGCGAGAAGGAGGCAGUGCCAGUAACGUACUUCAGAAGGUGGAUGUUCGCCUGGUCAGCGAGGAAGAUUGUGUUCGUUCUUAUGGCUAUUUGGUCACUCCUAGAAUGCUUUGUGCUGGUCAUCGCAUUGGGGAGAAAGAUGCCUGUCAGGGAGAUUCUGGUGGUCCGUUGGUUUGCCAGGAGCUGUCAGGACGCUGGUUCCUGGCUGGGGUGGUGAGCUGGGGCAAAGGCUGCGGCCGACCAGACUACUACGGCGUCUACACUCGCAUCACCAGGCUCAGUGACUGGAUCAAGCAGGUCAUCAGCAACCCCUGAGUCACCGGGGAUCUGUCACACUG